AUGCAGACCAGCCUACCAAGUGAAGGCGAGAACUCAUCAGAUCUCUUCAGGCCCUCUAAGCGGAGGAAGUUCUACCGCAAGCGCACUGAUGGAGAAGACGAAGGAUCACCCACUCACUCAUCCGCACCUCCUCCAGAGUCGAUGACCGUCGACGAACUCAUCUCUCACCAAGGCCGCCUUACCGAGACUCAGCACCACAAGACAGACGAGGAGCCCUUGUCAAUCGCAGCAAUCCUCCGCCAAAGAAAGCUUGCUUUGCCGCGAAAAGGCGGCAUCGAAUUCACCAACAGCCAUACGUCUACUUCAAGCACCUCGCAGACCAGUGAUGCUCUCAUAGUGAAGGAGGACGACACCCCGGCAGACAUCAAAUCAGUUAUCGAGCGCUUUGCCCCUCAAACAGGCCAGGUCUCAGACGUAGCCGAUAAGCAUAUGAUGGCAUACAUAGAUUCCGAAUUGGCUAAACGUCAACGUCAAAAUCAAUCUACCUCUACGCAAUCUCUAAACGGGCAAGAGCUGUCACCCAACGGAGCUCUGCUUGACGCAGGGCUACACCGCCAGCCCGCAGCUCUGGGAAAGCUCCACGAAAUCGACCUUGGCCCAGACGCCAAACUCCGAAAUAUCGCCUUGACCGAAGCUGCUCAGCGCAGGCUCGAGGGCAUAGAGCCGGAAAUAGAGGAGUCUACGGGCAAAGUUCGCUUACGAAGAGAUGGUAAGCCGUGGCGGCCUCGCAAGCGGCGAAACAGUGAGGAUGUCAAACGAGAUAAGCUCGUUGAAGAAGUUAUGCGCGAAUCUAGGCUUGACAUCUACGAUGAGCCGGAUGAAGAAGUGAACAAUGACGAUCAAGCGGCCGAUGAUCGUAUCGCCGAGCAAUUCAGGCGGGAAUUCAUGGAUGCUAUCUCAAGCCGCCAGCAGAAGGCGGCACAGGCAAAGAAACCUGUAAAGGGAAAGGAGGUGGACGACCAACCCAGAGGGCCUAAGCUGGGAGGAAGUAGGAGUGCUAGGGCGGCGAUGAGGGAGAGGGAGGAGGCUGCGAAGAAGAAGAAGUAG